UCAUGACGCAACUGAACUCUACUACGUUGCAAUUAAAUAUUGUGAAAAUGAGAUUACUAUUUAUAUUCAUCGAGAAAAUAUUCUUUAAUAACGUUAAUAUUAGAUUUAUACGUUCGUAAGAAUAAUUAUUAGGUUAGAAACAAUUUUUCCAGCGAAUUAUUGGAUAAACGUACCUUUUUCCUACAUCAUUGAAUUUACGAUCGAUUUGAUCUAUGCUAUUUCGUAGAGAAAAGUUAUAUGAUAAUAAGAAGAUAAUCUUAAAAUGUUAUUUGAUAAAAACUAGAUGUUGUCAGUGAGGUUAGGAUUAAAAAUUCACUGAAUACAUUAACAAUGCAAACUUCUGUAUUUUCAAGUUUUUCAAAAAUGUGUCUUGUAAAGUCUGAUGAAGCGUAUUUAAAUAAGACUACUUUGCAGUUUGGAGGAAAAAUGAAAACAUCAUUGAAGAUGUCGUUAAAAGAAAUGUAUAAGUUUUUAAUGUUCAAUAAUUUCUCUUAGAAAUUGUAAAAGCCAUGAGUAAUCGGAUAACAACAAGGAUAAUGAAAAGAAUGGAAACAAGACUUAGACUGAGGAAGAAAGAGUUGUCUGAGACAUUGUUUUUUGACAGUAAGAUAGUCUUUCACAAACAAUGCCAUGGAUUCCAAAUUAUUAUGAUCAUAUUAUAAGAUACUAUGAAUAUGAUCUGGAUGUUAUUAAAAAAAGCUGGAUGUACAAUCUUCUUGCAUAUAGUUUUAACGGAUGACAUGCUACUUCAAAACUUUUCUUCAAUCAAUUGGUGUAAUUAUAAAAUAGUUGGAGCAGAGCUAUAUCUACAAUAAUACUUUACCUGAGCCUGUUAUAUUGACUGUGAGGUCAUUUUACAGAGAUUUGAUAAAUUCAGAUCUAGUGAAGAAAUGUCUUGCAGAGAAAGUACUAUGUUAAUGAAUUGUUCAAUAAUGUUAUAUGAACAAGAAUACCAAAAAAUGUAUUCGUAGAGUCUCAUACAUUGAAGCUUGGAGUAUAUGAUGCUGUCAUCCUAUUUAAUGAUGAUAAUUCAAGCAGAUUGGAAGAGAUAAGGGAUAAAAUGGUCAUACUAAAGGAACUGAAUAAAAAAUUAAUUUGGAAAAAUAGAAACGAUGGAAGUGUCAUUAAAAGAGAUUGAACAAGAAGUGUUUUUUAAGAACGUCAACAAUUAUUUAGGAAAAAAGUAAAAUUCCAAAUCCAUUUAGGAAUUUUACUAUGGCCAAAGUAUAUUUAUAAUCUGAGGAAUAAACUUUAUUGGAAAAUUAUUGAUCGAGAAAUUGUUGAGAUAUAAUAUAUCUCGAUAUCAGCUGAAUUUAUCUUUUGAUACGUUCAAAAAAAGGGAACAAUGUGUGUUGUGAUUAUUGACGAGAGCUUUUUUGAAAAUGCGCUUCUCGCACCGGACCAGCGAUGACAGACGAUUCGCACGGAGGAAAUGUCCGCCGUCUUGUCCUUGUUGUUCGAACUAUAGAAAUCCACUGGUCGCGAUGAAUAAAAGGCGGCGGCAUUAGGCUAGGAUACCGUUGUAGGCCAUUAGCAAAAUACUGCUCGCCGCGUUCCAGCAAAUUAAUGGGAGAACGCGAGUUCUUUCAAAGGAUCCCGUGAGAAAUGGAGAAGUAAUUGCGAUAUGUAAAUCUCAUCGUGUAUUUGAUUGGAUGAGUUACAAUUGUUUGUAUGUCUCUUGUAUGAUGCAUAGUUAGCUGAACUGAUUGCUUGAGAGCUUAGACGUUGUGAGUCUGAAAGAUGGAACUUGACUCCUCAGAUGUUGUGAGUCUGAAAGAUGGCGGAGUUUGACCUAUGGAAAGGAAAAGAAUAAAUGCCCCAUUGGUCGGAGAUAGUUCGUUGGAAUGUUUGAACAUUCCAUGUGUGCUCCUUUGUUCUAAUGAUCGUGAUUGGAGUAUGACAAUGAAUAGUUCAAGGCUAGGCGCAGAUAGCCCUUAGCUUAUUGAGCCUAGGCUUCUACUUUUACUGUUUAUUUAUUGGCCGAGUCGACACAUUAUCGAAACCCAGCCGAUAGGUUCCCAAGGAUGACUGUUUCCAAUGGUGUUAUAUGAUCCUUAAGAGAAAGUACCGUGAACAAUGGAGAGAUGCACAUGUACGUCAACGCAAGGAAGAAUUCAUUGAAGAUUUCUGUAAGAAUGAGCUUCGUUUGAAGAACAUUUGCAUGCGGUCUAAGAGACAAGGAAGGAACGAUCGUUUGAAACAUUUGUUGUAACAUUGUUUUCUAAGUGCAACUAUUUUAAUUCUAAAAAAUGGAAAAUAAAUAUGAAAAUAUCUGUGGAAAUGUAAAAAUGAUGAAAAAGCUGUGGGAAAGAAACGAACAGGAUAAUAAUGGUGACAUAGAUAGUUUUAAAACAAUUGACAAGGAUUCGUAUUACGUAAAUUCUAACAAACUGACACCAAUACAAACAUUUUAUGAUGGAGAAAGUAUAUUAAUAACCGGUGGGACAGGAUUUCUUGGAAAAUUAUUAAUCGAAAAGUUAUUAAGAGGAUGUCCAGGUAUAAAGUGUAUUUAUUUAUUGAUACGUUCAAAAAAAGGGAAGAAUGUGUCUCAGCGCUUGGAAGAGAUGUUCGAAAAUGCGUUAUUUUCAAGGCUUAAGGAGAAAGAACCGACAUUUCAAAAUCGAAUAAUCCCAAUCGAAGGCGAUUGUAGCUUAUUGAAUCUUGGUAUAUCGAUAAUCGACAAUGAUAAACUCAUAAAAGAGGUAUCCAUUAUUUUUCAUGUUGCUGCAACCGUAAAAUUUAACGAGAAAAUAAAAUUGGCGACGGCUAUCAACGUUCGAAGUUUGAAGGAUUUGAUAAACUUAUCGAAGAACAUGCCGAAAUUAAAGAGUUUCGUUCAUGUGUCAUCCAUUUACGCCAAUUGUAUGCAGAGUUUGAUUGAAGAGAAAUUUUACGAACCACCGAUGGAUCCUGAUAAAUUGAUAAAUUUGGUUGACAGCAUCAAUGACAAAUUACUCGAUGAAAUUACACCGCGAUUACUCGGUAUAUGUCCGAAUUCUUACGUGUACACGAAAGCUGUUGCCGAGAAUGUCGUGAAAAAGAAUAUUGGGAUAAUACCAAUUGGAAUAUUUCGUCCAGCAAUUGUAAUAUCAACUUAUCGAGAACCCAUUCAAGGAUGGGUUGAUAAUAUAUACGGACCAAUUGGAAUUGGAUUAAGCAUUGGACUUGGAUUAAUGCGAGUAUUACAUUGUGAUGGUUCAGUAAAAGUUAGUUUAGUACCGUGCGAUAUGGUGAUCAACGGUUUAAUUGCUAGCGCCUGGGACAUUGCAUAUAAUCAAAGAUUGAACGACACUCCUAUUUACAACUAUGUAUCUAAGGAUAAUCCAAUAACUUACGACGAUUUAAAGAACAAGUCUGUCAAAUAUGGAGUACAAUUUCCUACUGCAAAAGCGAUUUGGUAUUAUAGCUUUAGAAAUAUAAAACAUCGGUCGGUUUAUAUCUUUUACAUGUACUUUCUACAUUUAUUACCAGCUUUUAUUGUGGAUACGUUCGCUUUGUGCAUCGGUAAACAGCCAAGGUUUCUUAAAAUAUAUAAAAAAAUUCACCAAUUUUCGGAGGUAAUUAAUAAAUUUUCUACAACCGAAUGGCAGUUUACGAAUGAAAGAUGGGAGGAACUUUUAAAAAAAUUAACAAUGGAAGAUCGUCGAUUGUUUUUCUGUGACAUAAAGGAACUAAUAUGGGAUACUUUUUUUGAAAAAUAUAUCUUAGGGAUAAGAAUAUACGUCUUAAAGGAUCCCAUUGAAACACUUCCUCAAGCUCGUAUAAAAUGGCGAAGGCUUUACUGGAUUCAUCAAACAUUGAAACUUAUUAUCGCCUUUGUUCUUUUAACGAUAACAUGGGCUAUAAUUUUAAGACUAUUUAUAAUUAUUGACUAUGUGUAAAAUUAACACAGCGACAUUAAUUAUGGCAACCGAAAAAAAAAAUCGUAAUUGAUGCGUUUUACCAUAAUAAAAGAAUCAAAGAUCUGUUUUAUUAAAUGCAUCCAUAAUAAAUGAUAUCAUUUAUGGGAUAAAGAUACAAUUAAUAUAAAAAUGC